AUGCGCAAGUCCGACCUUCCUAACGCAUUCAUUAUUGAAGUCAACGGCCGCUUCAUAGCCGAAUGUCCUGAGCUCGACCGUGAAGAGACCGACGGUAAUGUCAAGAGUGCAACCCCAGCGCACAUGGGUGAGCUGAAGAACGCCACGGUGUUUAAGUUGGUAGGUGGUCGCCUGGUUAGUGGAGAGUGGAUUAUGGCCGUUGUUGAGGGCGGAUACGGCGAUGACUAUUCACCCAAGGGCCUGUGGUGGAUUGAUGGCCAUGACGAGUACGGACAGACCCCAAGGUUUGAAUAUGCGCGCGAGAAGCAUCAGGACGUGUUAUACUGCGGCACUCAUGGUCUGAUGCUUGCUUUGCCUACCGAUAAUGAGGAUUGGAUGCACAUUCAGCUUCUACAUUCUUUAUUAGUUCUGGAGCUGACGUUACUAGCUGGGGUGAUGAAGAUGCACUGGCAGAAAGUAUAA